AUGAGCCAGCCAUCUACCCAGGCAAGCAAUGCCAUCAUCUACCUUACUUAUGGUGGCUUCCUGUACAGUGAUGGGCUGCUAUGUCGCCUGGAAACUUCGCCACCAGACAACGGUAGUUUCAUCUCGAAGAAAACACCUCCAACGAAGCUCACGAUGAACCAGGGCGAAUUUCUCUCCUCCAACAGGACUCAAACUGCAUUGCCUUUGGCUUUGAACUUCAUCGCGGCUUCCCUCGGAUCCAGCAUCCUCUUCUCUUAUCCGCAACUUGCAACCAUCGUUGGUGUUCAGGGCGUGAUCAUAUAUGCUAUCUCAUCAGCUGCCCCAUUGUUGGUCUUUGCAUUCUUGACGCCGAUCAUCAGGAAAAAGUGUCCUGAAGGAUUCGUGUUGACGGAGUGGACGAGGCAGAGAUAUGGCGUCGUUACGGCCAUCUAUCUAUCAUUUAUGACGAUGGCUACAAUGUUUUUGUAUAUGGUGGCUGAGCUAUCAGCGCUACAGCAGAUUAUGACUGCGUUGACGGGGAUGGAUGGGCUUCCAAUGGUUAUUGUGCAGUGUGCGGUGACUACUAUUUACACAUCUGUCGGAGGAUUCAAGAUUUCGUUCAUCACGGAUAACAUUCAAGCUACAAUGGUUAUCAGCCUUAUUAUCAUCGCCACAAUUACCAUCGGUGUCCAGACUAAAAUCGAUAAAUCCCUCAGGGACAAUUCCGUACUCCUCGAGCCCAGCAAACUGGGCUGGCAGCUUCUCUACAUUCUCCCGGUAUCUAUCAUCACCAACGUCUUCUUCCUUUCCAGCUUCUGGAUCCGUGCCUUCGCCGCCAAGACCGACAGGGACCUCUGGACUGGAGUUACCAUCGCCACGCUCGUCGUCCUAAUCAUCUUGACUCUCGUUGGUGUCACAGGCCUUAUCGCAACUUGGUCCGGGGCCUACGAUCCUACCAACCCGGAUCAAGACGGCAGCAUAGCUUUCUUCCUCCUCCUUGAGAGCCUUCCCACGUGGACCAUCGGCCUCAUCCUCGUGAUAGUCAUAUCCAUGUCGACCGCGGCCUUCGACUCUAUUCAGUCUGCCAUGGUCUCGACGGCCUCCAACGACCUCUUCCGCAACAAGCUCAACAUCUGGUUCAUCCGCGCCUCUGUCGUCCUGCUCAUCUUCCCCGUCGUCGUCAUUGCCCUUAAGAGCCCCUCCGUCCUGCGAAUCUAUCUCAUCUCUAACCUCGUCUCCACCUCGACCAUCCCUGUGCUGGUGCUGGGACUGAUGGAUCGCUUCUAUUGGUGGCGGGGCUUUGAGGUCGUAGUUGGUGGGCUCGGCGGAUUGCUAUCGGUGUUCGUCUUUGGGACGAUUUAUUUCGGAGAUGCGGAGCAGGGUGCCAAUCUCCUUAUCAUUGAUAGUGGCUUGUUUGCCAAUGAUUGGAGCGUAUUCGGGGCGUUUGUGGCGGCGCCUGUUGGGAGCAUCUUGUGGGGGUUCGGUGCACUUGCUGUAAGGCUGGGUUACAGAUUCGUCGAAGCUAAGGUCAAGGGCCAUCGUUUCGAUGCCUUGGAUCGCCCUGCUUAUAUGCAGGAGCGGGCGGAGGGCGUGACCGACUAUGUUGAUGACCACGAUGAGGUCCACAGCGAUGCUCCGGCUGGACUUGUUGCUGUUGAUUACAAGAGCAAGUUUUUCUAA